AUGGUCCGCAACAGCACCGUUAGCCCCUACAUUGGCCGCCUUGGCCGCAGCAAGCUCUACUCCAAGAAAGGUGGCUUUAAGCACACUGGACGUAAGCCCGCUGCUGCUGCUGAGGAGACUCCCGUCACCACCGAGGAGAAGGCUGUUGGUGGUGCCAAGAACGGUGGCAAGCGUCUUGUACCCACCGCCAAAGCUUCCCGCUUCUACCCUGCCGAUGACGUGCGCACAAAGAAGGUCAACCGUAAGACUGCGAAGCCGACCAAGCUGCGCGAGAGCAUCACUCCCGGCACUGUGCUCAUCCUCCUUGCCGGCCGUUUCCGCGGCAAGCGUGUCAUUUUUUUGAAGCAGCUUGACAGCGGUCUCUUGCUCGUCACUGGCCCCUUCAAGCUCAACGGUGUGCCUAUCCGCAGGGUCAACCAGGCUUACGUGAUUGCCACUAGCACCAAGGUGGAUGUCAGCAACGUGAGCGUGGAUGACAAGCUGAACGACGCAUACUUCCGUCGUGAGAAGGCCGCGAAGCAAAAGACCGAGGCUGCCUUUUUUGCUGACCCCGCAAACAAGGCUCCUCUCCCUGAGAACAAGGUCGCCGACCAGAAGGCUCUUGACAAGGACGUGAUUGCCUCGAUCAAGAAGGAGGGUCCUUUGCUCGCCAAAUACCUUGCGGCUACCUUCUCCCUCUCCAAGGGCGACAAGCCGCAUGCGCUCCGCUUCUAA